AUGAAUUUAAACUUGAUUUUUGAUAUUUUAAUCUUAAUACUCACAUCGCUGGGUUCUCUUGCUUUUAUUAUACUUAUUGUAUCGAUCUUUAUUCGUAUUCGUCCAUUCGCAUCAAAUGUUGCACUUAUUUUAACAUGCAAUACUUGUGUGGCAGGACUUAUGUGUUGUAUAGGCCUGCUCGUUAUGUAUGCCUAUACUCUGUAUGGUGAUCUUUAUUCUACUGACACAUUGGAAAAUGAUUGGUGUUUGAUUCGCGCUUAUCUUCUAGACGUAGUUGCUUGCGCCUUGUAUCAUUCAUAUGUUCUUCAAGCUAUUUUUCGAUUUUGUCGCAUUGUCUUUUAUCAGAAAAAGAAACUUCAAUCACUCGGUGUUUCAUGUAUUGCGAUUAUUAUACAAUGGUUAUUAGCAUUUCUUUUCAUUCUUCCAAAUUUUCUCUUACAUGAUUUUGUGUAUCUUCCUAGUGAAUAUCAUUGUCAAGUACCUUUGACAAAUUUUCGCGCGCUUCUUAUGAUGGGAUCAAUUGUUUAUUUUAUUCCUAUAGGUGUUGUGUCUUUAAUGCAUAUUUAUCUUAUUCAAUUUAUUCGUCAAUCGUCACAAAGACUACAAAAUCGACAAAGACAAAAUAAACGAGAUUUUAUUGUUAUUAAAAGAAUUUUAAGUCUUCUUAUGAUUUUUGCUAUCAUGUGUUUUCCGUCAGUUUUACUUUGGCUCAUUAAUAUAAUCACGCAUGAUCUACCACCGAUGUCUCAUGAUAUAGAAUGGUUGACUAUAUCCAUUUGUAUGAGUAUUGUACCUGUUGCUAUUGUACUCAUCACACCACAAAUCAAUCGCAUGUUCAAGACAAAUCGAACACAAGUACAUACCAUCGCGACAGUAAGAAUUGGUCAACAUGAAAUGACAGACAGGAUUCGACCUUUGGCGGAACAUAGACUAUGA